AUUAGAUUAAGUUACAAGCAGUUUCAAUAGUUAUUAUUAAUAAUAUCUUUUUAUACCCCACAUUCGGUGGCUGGCUUUUAAAUAAAAGCGGACUAAAUCCAGUUAUGAUUCUCCAGACCGCAUGCGAUCUCCCAAGGCGCUGUUUUAUCACGAGCGCUUGCUUGUAUUUCCUCGCAUUGCCAGUGAAACAUGCCACCCAAGAAAACAACACGAAGCAGCGCCAAAUCUAAUAAACAUACUGAUGCAGACGCCCAACACAAUAAGGAGUCUGAUGAUGUUGCACAACUCAAAACUGGCAAAAGAAAAAGGUCAGCAGCAUUAAAAAAUGAUGUGGAGAAAAAUAAAAACGAUGACACAUGCAAAGCAUCUUACAGCCACUGGCUGAUGAAGUCUGAACCUGAGAGUCGAAUUGAAAAUGGAGUGGACGUGAAGUUUGGAAUUGAGGACCUAAAAGCCCUUCCCAAUCAAACAGGAUGCUGGGACGGAGUGAGGAAUUAUCAGGCACGUAAUUUCAUGAGAGAUAUGAAGGUGGGCCAGCAGGCUUUCUUUUACCAUAGUAACUGCAAAGAGCCAGGUAUUGCUGGCCUCAUGAAGAUCGUAAAGGAGUCUUAUGUGGACCAUACCCAAUUUGACAAGAAAGAUGCUCAUUAUGACCCCUCCAGCAAAGCAGACAACCCUAAAUGGAGUAUGGUGGAUGUUCAGUUUGAAAGGAUGGCCAAGCGUUUCAUCUCUCUGGCUGAGCUGAAGAAAUAUCACUUGCAGCACAAAGCUAAGGGUGGCCCCCUGAAAGACAUGGCCCUCUUCACCAGGGCUAGACUAUCAGUUCAGCCCCUCACUGCAGAGGAAUUUGACUUUGUCCUGAGUUUGGAGAAUGAAGAUCCAAUAUGAAGAUCAUCAUGAAAGUCCAUUUCAUCCCAUAUUAUGAUUCUCUCUCACUUCUUUAAAACUUUCCAAUAAACAAUAAAACAUUCCAAAUAUUUUGUUAAUAAAA